AUGGCUCUCCUAUUACCAAUUCUUAUUUCCUUCGCCGUCCUUGUCCUAUUUUCCCUAUUCAAAAAAUUGCAAAGCAUCCGGAAGGCCAACUAUUAUGGCUCAAAGAUACCAGGACCCCCAGGUCACUGGCUAACCGGGAAUAUGUCAAUGUUUCAGAAUGAGACGAGUCAUGGACUAAUAAAAAUGAUGCAAGAGGAGGCCCGCAAGGCACGUGACCAAGGCAAGUCAGUCAUCCGAUUCUUGUUACCCGGACAACUUUUGGUCUACCCGAUAACCGGCAAAGCUACUGCCAAGAUUCUGGAGUCUACCACAGAAAUUCACAAAGGAGAGAGUUAUGACUUCUUUGGGCCGUGGAUCGGCGGUGGACUACUUGUUUCCGUCGGGGAGCGUUGGAAAAACCACCGUAAACUGAUCACCCCGUCAUUCCACUUUGCAAAGUUAGAAGGAUACUUUGACGUCUUCAAUCAGGAAUCGAAAAUUCUUGUUGACUGUCUGGAGAAAUUCUCUGAAAAUGGAGAAACUGUCAACCUUCAUCCUUAUAUAAACCGGUGCACGCUGGAUGUGAUUUGUGAAACUGCGAUGGGAACGAAAGUCAGUGCUCAGUUUAAUCAUGAGCAUCCGUAUCUGCAAGCAGUCGAGGGGUAUACUGCGAUGAUGCUCGAAUACGCCUACUCCCCUCUCAUGUGGAAUCCCUUCCUCUUCUGGCUUUUCGGACACAAAAAGCGACAAGAUGACUUUUGUUACACCUUGAAAAAAUUUACUGGAGAUAUCAUCGCCGAAAGAAAAGCAGCUCUGGAAUCCGGUGAAGCUGAAAAAUCCAGAUCAAAACGAAGUAUGAAUUUCCUCGAUUUGAUGCUGAGUAAGACAGAGUCCAAUGUAUUCACUGAGGAAGAUUUAAGACAAGAAGUUGAUACAUUCAUGUUCGGAGGACACGACACAACGACAACUUCUUGUUCGUGGUCCUGUUGGAAUCUUGCUCAUAACCCAGAUGUCCAACAGAACGUUUAUGAAGAGUUGGUGGAGGUGUGUGGGGAGGAUCCGAAUGGUGACAUCUCUUAUGAGCAAGCAAAUCAGCUGAACUACUUGGAUAGGGUGUUGAGAGAGUCGAAACGGAUUAUUGCACCCGUGCCAGCAGUGGAGAGACAGUUGCAGAAUGAGAUGGAGAUUGACGGCUACACGAUCCCCGCCGGCGCCAACAUCUCCAUCUCCCCAUUCAUUCUCCACAAAAACCAUCACGUCUUCAAAAACCCGGAAAUCUUCGACCCGGAUCGCUUUCUUCCUGAAGAAUGUGCCAAACGACACCCCUAUGAUUUCGUGCCGUUUUCUGCCGGAGUCAAGAAUUGUAUCGGUCAAAAGUUCUCGAUUUUGAACGAGAAGGUGAUGGUCGCCCACUUGGUCCGCAAUUAUCGGAUUGAGCCAACGCUGAAGUUUGAUGAAAGCUUGCCGUGUUUCGAGGCUGUGUCUAAGCCAUCGAGGGGGAUUCCAGUGAAAUUGAUUAAAAGGAUUUGA